CCAGUUAAUUUUGGUGUUUGGGGGUGUGCAGACCACGGCAGAUGUGAUCCUGGAAAGAUCUAUCACUUGCUAAGCAAAGCGAGUCAUCUCCAAUCAUUUUACUCGUAAACUACUGGAAGGAGAUUAUAUCAUAUUCAAGCCUUCUUAAAGGAUCUGUAUUGUUUAACGCAGUUUUCAACUGUAAGGAAAAACAUACAUAAUGCAAUCACACAGCAUGCUUACAAAGGAAUUGAAGCAACAAGCAUCUGCCAUUGUAAAGGAAAUCCAAGGAAAUGAAUUAGAUGUGGAUUAUGGAAAAAAGAUCAGUGUUCCCAAAGAUAUAAUGCUGGAAGAGCUUUCCCUUCUUUCCAACAGAGGGGCUCGAUUGUUUAAAAAGCGGCAAAGAAGAUCUGACAAAUACACAUUUGAGGGAUUCCAGAACUCUGUCAAUUCACAAAUAAAUAGCUAUGCACCAUCUACAACAUAUUGUGAUGAUGGGACAGAAAAUUGCAAAGGCGUAGAGAACGGAUUACAAAGUGGGCAACAAAACACCCCUAAAACACCUCCAAAUACUCCUGAUCCAAGGACUCCACCAAAUCCAGAUUCAAUUGCUCCAGGAUAUACUGGACCACUAAAAGGAAUUCCACCUGAAAAAUUUAAUACAACAGCUGUUCCAAAAUCAUAUCAAACUCCGUGGGAGGAAGCCAUUGCAGAUGAUCCAGAACUUCUUUCAACUUUACAUCCCACAAUGCCAGAGCUCACACCAAAGGUAGAACUGGCUCAGUACAAGACUUUUAACAGAGUUGCAACUCCUUAUGGUGGUUUUGAUAGAGCUUCCAAAAUCAUAAGUUUCAAGUUACCAAAACUGGAUUUUGCAUUACUGGAACCAGAGCUCAAGUUGCCUGUUUUCCAAGAUGGUACUGCUGGUCGGCCAAGCUUCAACAGAACUGCUCAAGGUUGGACAUCUAACAACGUUCCAAUAAUAUUUGAUGAUCUGCCUUUGGAAGCAACCAUUCCUGAAACAGAUGAUCUUUAAAAUAUUACUGUGCUCUUGCUUACAGACAAGGCAUUUUUCUUCAAUAUAAGUAGAUAAUAAUGCUUUAUGUCAACACUUAUAUCAAGCAAACAAUAGUCCAAAUAAUUAUAAACUUUAUAUACUGAAAUAUAAACCCCAAUGCUCAAUGUUUAGUCAAGCCAGGAUUUCUCCCCACCUUUGUAAAACAAUUUGAUUAAACAUCUUGUAAACUUA